AUGUUCAAGGGCUCCAAAGCGUCUCAGUAUGCACACGAGCUUCACAGCGCACGGCUCAAGGGGGCGUCCGCUGGUAAGGAUGCGCACGGCGACUUUCUAGAGCUCGUGCGCAAGCUGGUCAAGGCCAGUCCUUCGCAUGCGGCCACCGCACAGAUCGCGCAGGAUGAGCACGAGGUGCACACGAGCAUCGCAAGUUAUCUCGAGGAGCAGGGCUUCCGCGACGGCGCGCACGCCAACGACACGCCCGAUCGCAUCGCUUUCCCCCCGGUCAUGGAAGAGGGCCGGGAGCUCACGGAGCGUGUGCGCGGCGCCGUCCAGCGCCUCGCGCAGGCCGAGCAGCAGUCGGAGCUUGCGAUCGUCGACGCGACCGCCGCCGUCGCCGUGCGUGCGUACGGCAUGUUCAUGCUCGGCCUCGACGACGAGGCCGCGGCGCUGGUGCGCAUGUCGCGCGUGCUCGACUCGGACCCCCUCGCGGCCGCGGCUGCGGGCCGCACCGUGCAGGAGGAGCACCACGCCGCGCUCGUGAUCCUCGCCGCGACGAUCAACGGCAUUGCGCACGAGCGCAUGGCGCUCCAGGGCGACUUUGAGCACGCCAACGCUGCCUUGCAGUCGUACGCGCGCGCCCGGACCGUGCACGAGCAGCUGCGUGGCAGCGCGACGACGCGCGCGGCGCGCACUGCGCCGUUUGUCGACGAGGCCGAACGCUGGGCCGAGACGGCGCUGUACCGCUCGACGCUUCUCACGCUGCGCCUGCACGGCAAGCAGCAAGGCCUCGCGUCGCUCAAGGCGUACCAGGCGAAGGAGGCACGCUGGCCCUCGACAUUUCGCAUGCCGCAGCGCAACGUGCUGCGGAAUCUACAGACGACACUCCUGAACGAGUCGCGCACGGCCAACGGCACGGCCGCGAUGCCGAACGGCGCGAGCGCCGCGCGGGUACGCACCGCGUCGACGCGCCGCGUGCACGCUGCGCUCCCGACCAGCGCGCCGUCGACCGCCUGGUCGAGCGAGUUUGUGGCGAUCAAGCGCACGGCGACGCGCACGCUCGAGCAGACAACGUCCUUCCCCCGUGCGGACGAGUCGAACGAGAACGCGGAGAAACUCGCCGAACAGCUCGUGCUGAGCUGGCGCCUGGACGGCGCGAAAGGCGAGACGAGUGCCGACGAGGUCGUGGACCUCUUGUAUGGCCUCACGCGCAUCACCUUUCGCUCGCAGACCAUCCUCCGCCUGCUCGUACAGAUGCUCGUCACGGCCGAGGCGUACGAAGAGACGACGGCGAUUGCCGACAAGUACAUGCUCAUUGUGGAAAGCACCUGGCAGGCGACGGGCGUGCCGGAAGGCGGCCACGAGAUGCGGGGCGGCCGCGGGGUCGACAGCGUGGCCGAAUACCUCGACACGAUGCUCCUUGCGUCGCACGUCGAGCUCGUCUACCUAAACGACACGCACGCGUCGUACACGCGCGCCGAACGCCUGCUGCGCCUUACCGGCCUCUUGCAGACCGGCGAGCAGGAGGGCUUUUCGGCGGUGCAGGCGUCGCUCCCGACGGUGCACGUCGACAAUGCGCAGUCCGCGCGCAUCCUGCGUGCGGCCGGCACGGCGGCGUUUGCGCUUGCGCGCGACGCGCCUCCGUCACAGCGGCCCGCACGGCAGUCGGCGGCGAUCGCGCAGCUCGCUGACGCCGUCCGCCUCGACGGCCAGGCGGCCGAGUCGCACUAUGCGCUUGCCGCGGCCUACGCACAGGCCCAGGGCCUCGCUGCGGCGCUCGCCUCGGCGCGCCACGCGCUUGAGCUCGAGCCGGCGAGCCUGGACGCCUGGCACCUGAUUGUCCUGCUCCUCUCUGCGCAGAAAGACUAUAGCGGCGCCUUGCACCUCGCCGAAGAGGCGCUUGCGCAGGCCGAGUCGGACGAGGCAGCCGACGCGCAUAUACCCGCUGCCGGCGCGCCGUCUGCACUCACGCACCUCGCCUCGUACGACUACCCGCCGACGGCGCGCGAGCGCGCUCUGAGCUACCUCCGCCUGCUCAUCACGCACAACGUCCUGACCGAGCUUACCGAGGGCGUGCAGUCGGCGCUCGACGGGCAGCGUGAGCUCUUUGAGACGUUCCAGACGCGCCUCGCCUCGGUGCCGCUCGCGGGCCAGCGCCGCGACGUGCCGCUCGCGCCCGCGCCGCACUUUGAGGCGCAGGCGCCGCGCGUGCUCACCGCGACGCCGGCCGAGGCGCGCAAGGCGUACCGCGACCGCGUCGAGCGCGGCCUGCUCCAAUCGCUCUGGCUCGUGUCCGCCGCCUCGUUUCGCCGCGCGGGCGAUCUCGAUCAGGCGCGCGACGCGAUCCAGGAGGCCGAGGGCCUCAACUCGCUGCACGCCGACCUCUGGGUCCAGCUCGCGCUGUGGUGCCUCGACGCGCAGAAGCCGGGCGCAGCGGUGACCUGCCUGUACAAGGCGCUCGCGUGCGAGACAGACCAUGUGCCUGCGUCGCUGCACCUCGCGCGCCUGCUCCUCCAGCCGGACGCGCUGCACCUGCGUGCGUCGCACGCCGAAACCAUUGCCGCGGUCGGCACAGCGCAGCACGGCGCCGAGCUCCUCACGCGGCAGUCGCUCAUUGACGAGGGCAUGCGCGCCGACCACGAGGCCGAAGCGCGCGUGAGUAGUAGCCUCUCGCUCGGUGCCCGCACUGCGCAGGGCGACGUCCAGAACACGUCGGUCGCGCCCGCGUUUGCAUGGAAGUACGACGCGAACCUCGCGCCGCUGAGCGUCGCCGAGGGACUGCUGCGUACUGCGACGCUGUACCGCGCGCACGACGUGCCUGAAGCAUGGCACCUGCUUGCACAACUCGCCCAGCACACCAACCGCCCGACAGCGCUCCAGCGCAAGCACCUCGAGCGCGCCCUCGCGCUCGAGCGCCUCCGCCCCCUCCGUCCGUACGCCGCCGCUUUGGCGCUGCCGUAG